GUAGUGAGACGCACACAACAACAACAACAACAACAUGGAAAACGUUACAGCCAUGUGCAUUUCUUACGUUCUUUACGCGCUGAUAUUGGCGCAGAUUAGAUGUACGUUAUCCGUUGUGCUGAUGGUGAUGUCGGAAGGCAGAAGGCAGCGCAAUUUGCUCCUGGAUUGUUCUAAUUACACGAGCUCCGCUUUACUUCACAUCGCGUCUUCAGUUCUUCCACAAACCUCUCGCUCAUGUUGGAUGCGGGUCCGGAGCAGAGAUUGGUGGGAAAGAGUCGUUUUAAAAGAAUUCACUGAUUGUGAAUGGAAGGAAAAUUUUAGGAUGACGCGCAGGUCAUUCAACAAGUUAUGUGUAUUGAUGGAGGGAGUGUUAAGCCCCCAGGACGUGACUGUUCGAGCACCUGUCCCGUUACAGAUGAGGGUGGCGAUCGUUCUGUACAAACUUGCCAGCUGUGCAGAGUACAGAGUUGUUGCUAACCAGUUUGGGGUCCACAAAUCCACCGUGAAGAAGUUUGUGUAUUUAUUCUGCAAGGGAAUGGUGUCUUCGGUUAUACACGACUUCAUCAAAGUGCCCACUGAAGAGGAAGCUCGCGCAAUCGCGCUUCGGUUUGAACAAACUCACCACAUUCCUCAGAUUAUGGGAUGUAUCGACAGGACUCAUAUUCCAGUAUUGCCGCCAAGCGACGGGUACAGAGAUUUCGUGAACCGCGAAGGAUGGCCCUCUUAUGUGCUUCAAGCAGUAGUGGACGACAUGUACCGGUUUUGGAACAUCAAUUGCAAAUUGCCGGGGAGCGCUCAUGACGUCGAUGUGCUCACGCAGUCGUCUCUGUUUGCCCAGGCACACAUCUUACCAAAGAAUCCCAGAGACAUCCACGGAACCCCCGUCAGACUCUUCCUGCUCGGAGAUGCAGCUUACCCACUUAUGGACUGGCUCAUUAAGGGUCACACCCACUCUCCACUAAUAACUGCUGAACAGGAGUCCUUCAAUGUGUACUUGAGCUCUGCCAGGACUACAGUAGAACGAGCUUUUGGGAGGCUGAAGUCACGCUGGCGAGUGUUAAUGAAGAGAACGGAUGUCCACUACACAUUCACACCCCAUGUCAUUGCCACUUGUUGUGCAUUACACAAUUUCUGUGAAAAUGAGAGGGAGAACAUUAAUCCGACCUGGACGGAGGAAGCGACUGCGUUGGAAAGUGAGCUACCGCAGCCAGCUGUUCGUCCAUAUGAUGCAGCGGAGUGUGGCGGUGGUCAGGCGGUCAGGUGCGCUCUAACGGCAUAUAUGAGGGAACACUUUCCUCUGCGCACACCAACAAUAUAGGGUGCACACUAGGAAGGGUCUGUGCUUUGCUGUCUUACUGCAUUCAACAAUGCACAUCUGUUGCUUGAAGAACGAAAAAAAUAACAAUUUUCCCUUGACAGUAAACAGAACGAGUGCUAUCAUUGUUUUCAGUCAUGUGUAACCUGUACACACAUCUGUAUGUUCAUUUUGUGUGUGUGUAGAUAAACAACAGUCGGGUCUCCACAUGUUUACUGCAUGGUUAAUUAUUAAGUAAUGUUGAAAAGGUUUUGUGUAUUUGUUUUUAAAGAAGACAUUUGAUGCUACUGUAAUGGUGUUAGUUAGCCAGACUAGAGAGGAUUAGUCAGAGGCAGAAUAAUAAGCAGCACAGGUGUAAACGACAGAAUAAUUAAAGACGCAUCAUUAAUGUUGUCUGUUUUAUAGGCUGCAACAUGACUGCAGAAGCAUUUCAAUAAAACUGGAACUCUAUCCGAGAGUA